AAAUUCGCAAAACUACAAUUUCUUUUAGUUGUGUGAAUUUUCGCACUUUUUUAUUCCAAAAUAAUUGUGCAAUUAUACUUGAUUUUAUUGGAUAGAUCGUUAUGCACAUAAAAUGAAAAACUAAUUUGAUUCAACAAAAAAUUUAAAUUUGCACGGUACAGUGAGCUCUGGAGUUUUGUGAAAAAUCUAUAACAUAUUGGUGUUUUGUCGGCUGGAGUUUCGGAGGGCGGAUAUUAUUUAAUAAUGUGAUGCCUUAGCCGCCGAAAAGCAAAAAAAUUGGCAGAACUGAAUAAAUAAAGUUUUAUUAAGAAAUGGCAAUGUCAAAAGUCAUGCGGGUGCUGGAAAAAUCUAUUCCACCAUCACCUUAUAGCGUUCUUUUAGAGCAUCGAAAUAAAAGUGAUAGCAUUCUUUUUGAAUCUCAUGCGGUCGCUUUGCUUUCCACUCAGGAAACUGAUGUAAUACGAAAGCAGUAUACAAAAUUGUGUGAUGCUUACGGUUGUCUUGGUGUGCUGCAACUAAAUGCUGGAGAAAGUACUGUUUUGUUUCUGGUGCUUGUCACUGGCUGUGUCUCAAUGGGAAAAAUCUGUGAUGUUGAAAUUUUUCGAAUUACGCAGACACAAUUCGUGGCUUUGCAAAAUGCAGCUCCGAAUGAAGACAAGAUAUCGGAGUGUCGCAAGCUGUUGAACUCGGGAACUUUUUACUUUGCACAUUCGAAUCCUUCGAUGAGCAGUAGUUUACAAAAGUUUGAUAUAACAUUAUGUGCUCAACGGAGGCAAAAAAUAUCUGAGACUGACAAUCGUUUCUUUUGGAAUCGAAUGAUGCACAUACAUAUGCUCCGUUUCGGUGUAGAUUGUCAAUCAUGGCUUCUGAAGGCAAUGUGUGGUUCUGUGGAAGUUCGCACGGUGUAUGUUGGAGCUAAGCAGGCACGCGCCGCUAUCAUAUCUCGGUUAAGUUGCGAGCGUGCCGGUACACGAUUUAAUGUUCGAGGCACCAAUGAUGAGGGACAUGUUGCUAACUUUGUUGAGACCGAGCAGGUUAUAUAUGUGGAUAGUGAUGUGACUAGUUAUAUUCAAACACGUGGAUCGGUCCCUCUUUUUUGGGAGCAACCAGGUGUACAAGUUGGCUCACACAAAGUGAAAUUAUCACGAGGGUUUGAAGCUUCUGCAGCAGCAUUUGAUCGACAUAUGAUGAUGAUGAAACAACGGUACGGAUAUCAGGCGAUUAUAAACCUUUUGGGUACUUCGAUGAUUGGUAGUAAGGAAGGUGAGGCAAUGUUAAGCAAUGAAUUCCAAAAACACCAUAAUAUGUCCACCCACAAAGAUGUUUCACAUAUUAUAUUUGAUUAUCAUCAAGAGUGUCGAGGUGGUAAUUUUGGUGCGCUUUUGAAACUGAAAGAGCGCUUAGGAGUUUGCGGUGUAAACUAUGGAUUUUUCCAUGCUUCCCAAGGGCAAGCAUUACGUGAACAAUUUGGUGUUAUUCGCACUAAUUGCCUCGAUUGUUUGGACCGCACCAAUUGCGUUCAAACGUUCUUGGGCUUAGACAUGCUCAAUCAACAAAUUGAAGCUUUAAAGCUGGGAGAGAAAAAACAAAAUUUUUCCAGAUUUGAAGAAAUAUUUCGGCAAAUGUGGGUAAAUAACGGUAAUGAAGUUAGUAAAAUCUAUGCCGGUACUGGAGCUAUACAAGGUGGCUCCAAACUAAUGGAUGGAGCACGAUCAGCCGCUCGUACUAUACAGAAUAAUUUGUUAGAUAAUUCAAAACAGGAAGCAAUUGAUAUUUUAUUACUUGGAUCAACACUAUCGUCAGAAUUAGCUGAUCGAGCUCGAAUAUUAUUGCCAUCGAAUAUGCUGCAUGCACCAACUACAGUUUUGAGGGAAAUGUGCAAGCGCUUUGCUGAGUAUGUAGCUCCGAGUACCUGUCGCGUCGCAGUUGGUACCUACAAUGUAAACGGUGGUAAACAUUUUAGAAGUAUUGUUUUUAAAGACUCUUUGUCUGAUUGGUUACUUGAUUGCCACGCAUUAGCACGAGCUAAGGCGCUAGUGAACGUGAACAAUCCAUCGGAGAACGCCUGCGAUCCCGUUGAUAUAUAUGCGAUUGGUUUUCAAGAGAUCGUGGAUUUGAAUGCCUCUAACAUUGUUGCUGCCAGCACAGACAAUGCCAAAUUAUGGGCAGAGGAAUUGCAAAAAACUAUUUCCCGAGAUAAUGAUUAUGUGCUUCUCACAUAUCAACAAUUAGUAGGCGUGUGUUUAUAUAUAUAUGUUCGACCUGAGCAUGCGCCAUUUAUUCGUGAUGUAGCCAUUGAUUGCGUUAAAACGGGACUAGGGGGCACCACUGGAAAUAAGGGAGCAUGUGCGAUUCGCUUUGUUUUUCAUGGAAGUUCGAUGUGCUUCGUCUGUGCUCAUUUUGCUGCUGGUCAAUCACAGGUUGCUGAGCGUAACGCAGAUUAUGCUGAAAUAACCAGAAAGUUAGCGUUUCCAAUGGGACGUACACUAAAGUCGCAUGAUUGGGUAUUUUGGUGUGGAGAUUUUAACUAUCGAAUCGACAUGGAAAAGGAUGAUUUGAAAGAAGCUAUACAGAACGAAGAUCUUACAUCUGUCCUGCUAAAUGAUCAGCUUCGUAAGGAGCAAGAAGCAGGCAAUGUCUUCGGCGAUUUUCUUGAAGGAGAAAUCAAUUUCGAUCCUACGUACAAAUAUGAUUUGUUUAGUGAUGAAUAUGAUACGUCAGAAAAACAACGUGCACCUGCUUGGACUGAUCGUGUUUUAUGGCGUCGACGCAAAGCUUUAGCGGCAGAAACAGAUGUUAAUAGUGUCRAAUGGAAUCCAGGAAGACUUAUUCAUUAUGGUCGUUCAGAGUUGAAGCAAAGUGACCAUCGCCCAGUUAUUGCCAUUAUUGAUGCAGAAAUUGUGGAAAUUGAUUCACAGCGUCGACGCGAGGUUUUUGAACAGGUCAUAAGAGACUUGGGUCCACCUGAUUCUACCAUUGUUGUGCACGUAAAAGAGGAUGUCGUUUGUGACGACGGGCCGACUAUCUAUGAUGAAGCAGUCAUGUCUACCCUUAUUCAGGAAUUGUCGAAGUUGGGUGAAGUAACUUUGGUUCGAUAUGUAGAGGACACAAUGUGGGUAACAUUUCGAGAUGGUGAAUCAGCAUUACAUGCGAGUAAUAAAAAAUAUAUUCAUAUUUGUGGUUUGGAGUUACAACUUCAACUAAAGACUGCAAAUUGGCAACCAUUAGUUGACAAUGAAAUUGCGUUGUGCACAACCAACACUAUACCCUUGUGCUCGAAUCCUCAAGAACAAGCACAGUUAUUCAGUAGUUCACCUGACAUUCCGAGGCGUCCGAAACAGCCUCCUGGGCGACCAGCACCAGCUCGCCCACCUAUGCCACUGUCCCCUAAAAGUUCGCCUCGUCAUCAUCCAAACGUUGGAGUUAUUAGUGUCGUCCCCGAAAUGCUGCAAUCUAAACUCUCUAAACCUCUAAUGACACCACCCUUACAGCCCUUACCAAUUUCGCCUCAAAAAAAUCAAAAGAACACUAAAACGUCUAGCAAUGAAAGUAUUUCGUCUUCUAAAUCACAUUCACCUACUGAAACUCAACAAUGUUCUCCAUUACAUUCGUCAUCUGCAGUUUCACCAGUUGAGUUGCUCGAUGAACAAUUCCCCCCAACUCCUCCAAGGCAAAGCAAAAAUUCUACACCAGUAUCCACACCAAUACGUCAACCGAAACAAGAAGGUACUUCAACUUUUUAUGAUGGUAGUGCUAACAUAUAUGAAGAAAUACAAGAAGAAAUGCCAGCGCCUAGACAUCCACCACCUCCAUUUCCAUCAAUUGCAAACCAAGAAAUUGCUCCCAUUGCUUCUGUUGAAAGCCCUCGCAGACAAGUAGUAGUAACAAAUCCGACAAAAAUAGGCCCUCCUCCACCUUUGCCGGCGCGGCGCGGACCUCCACCUAUACCCAAUCGCAGUGGAAAUGCACCACCACUUCCUACUCGACCAGGCAAUAACAAUUGAAGUGCUAAUUUCAACAUCGCGCGCUUUCCCGUGUUAUUAUAUUGAUUGUAACGAAUUUGGUGUAACAAUACUUACUUUAGGGCAUUAAUGGAUUUAUUUCUGCAACAUGAAAAUAGUAAUAAAAAAGUGUUAUAUCUUCAACAGCAUUGCUAUGAAAAAUUAUAUAAUAUAAAAGAAUUUUUAUGCCAAAUAAAUAGAAAUAUAAAGAAAAAAUAAAAAAGUUUUUCAUACGUACUUAUUUCCCUAUUGCAUUAGUCAAACUUCACAAUUAUUUGCUUUUCUGUUGUUAUAGCGUAUUUUAGCUAUCUACGUAUGUAGUAUAAAGUUUUAAACACAUUAUUAUUUUGCAAGUGGUGUUGUUGGAGCGACUAAAUUGAAUGUAAAACCAUAAUUAUUAUGAUAAUUAUAUCUAAGUUAUUAAAUUUAUUAGUUCUAUAUUUUCAUAAUUCAUCUUUAUUAGAAAUAGACUGCAAUACAAAAGCUGACAUUUCGUAAUAAAAUUAAAUUUAUCAGCUAAACCUUUAAAAGAGUAUAAUAUUCGCUAUCCAAAAAUGUAGCCUGUAGCCACUUAAGCUAAAACUAGUCAAAAAAGCUCAAUAACAAUUUUUAAAAAGGUAUUAAUAAUUAAAAAUUCAGUUAAAUGAAACAAACU